UUUCUUAUUACUUCGAAAUUUAUAAAUUGCUGGCUUAGGAAUUAUACAUUUUUCCCAAGAACAAAGCCAAUCGAAAGUAGCAAAUACCUUGUAACCACAGACGCUCAACUUAAAACCGUUAUUCAGUCUUGUAGAAAAGCAAAGUCUAUAGCAGCUGAUACCGAAUUUAUUUGGGAUAGUAUUUAUAAUUCUGAUUUGCAAUUGUUACAAAUCGCUGCCGAUAAAAAAUACUUUGCUGUUGACGUUCAAUGCUUUGAGAAAAAUAAUCUUAAAAAUUUAUUGAAAUCUUUUGGGGAAAAAAAAGCAAUAAUGCACUCUUCUUAUAACGAUAAGCUUCUUAUUCAAAAAUAUGUUGGCUUUUCGCCUAAAAUUUUGGACACCCAAGUAGCUGCUGGCUUUUGUGGUUAUACUUUCUACGUUUCUCUUGCUCAGCUUGUUGAAGAUUGUAUUUCUCUGAAAUUGCCUAAAACACUAACACUUUCCGAUUGGUCUCGACGACCUUUAACUCCUGAACAAAUUGAAUACGCCAUUGAUGACGUUCGGCAUCUAAAAGCCGUCUGGGAUGUCCUUAGGCAGAAAUUAAUUUCUAUGGGGAGAUUGGAUUGGUUUGAGGAGGAAAUGAGUCGUCUUAACAACCUUGAUCACUACGAUGAGUCUCUUGACGAGUGCUGGAUCUCAAUUAAAGAGGCGCAGAACCUCGAGCCGAAGUACGUGACACGUGUUAAGGCGCUGGCACAGUGGCGGGAAAGCACAGCCCGCGUAACCAGCACGCAUCCCUCGCGGAUCAUGAAGGACAGCACUUUAGUUGCGCUCUGCUUGCAGGAGAUAAGGAGCCCGCCGGACAUCUUGGCUGUGCAGGGCCUUUCAGCGCCCACUAUUGCAAAGCACAGUGAGGCUAUUACCAACGUGCUAAGCGCCGCUCAAAACACUCCCACCGCCGAUUAUGUCCAAUUCCCUGAACACCGCAAGCAAAAAAAGGAAAACAUUCGGCUCGUGUCUUUACUCUCUCUGGCGUUACCGUCUUUUCUAGACAAGCAUGGCAUCAACCGCGAUCUUCUCGUGGAUCAGCAAGAGCUCAACUUAAUAGCGAAUCUUGCUGAAGAAGAGCUGUGUUGCCAGAAGCUGAGGGUAUUUGACUCGUGGCGCAAGGAACUUGUAGGCGACACGCUGCUGUCCAUAAAAAGAGGGAAGGCGGUGUCUUUUAGCUGGAACGUGAGCAAGAAAGUACUGGAAGGGAGCACGUCAUAGGAUGCAACCAGCCCGGCG